GUAGAGAAAGGGGGGGUGGCAAUGAACAGAAAUAGCAUAGAAGGAAUAUCAAAGAGGCAAGACAAAGGGGAUUCUCUAUAACCUUUUUCCUUUUUUUUUUGCUUGAAGCUUCGCUCUCACUGCCGCUGUAUAGGUGAUGCUGCAAGAGAGAUAAUGAGAGAUAGAUUGGACUAAGAGGUAGAGAGCGAGAUUUGGACGGAGGAGACGGAGGGGAGGGGGGAUUUAAAGGGCAAGAAACGGAGGGAGAUUUAGAUAGAGCCCCUACAGAGCCAGCGCAGAGCAGGAGCAGAGGCGGUGGAUGGGAGAAGAGGAGAGGAGAGAGGAGCGUACACAUGGAAGAGAGGAGAACGGCUGUUUCAUGUGCUCGGCGUGCAUGACGGAGGAGUGCGGCGGUCUGUCUGGAUUGUUGGGCAUCUCCGGCCCCACAGCUACAGAGGACAUACACGAAGAAACACAGGCAGGCUGGGGGGGAUUUAGGGCUGUGUGCAGAGGAUGAGCAGGCGAUGUGGGCUCUCUGGCUGUGAUCGCUGUCCUCAGACCCCCGUAUAGCUUCUCACACUGGUGCUGUUGCAGGCCAUUAGCCUCGCAGUUAAGGCAACAGUGAGUGAUUGAUACAGAAUGAGCUCCAAGCACUCCUCCGACUGGAUUCCCUACAGCACUUUAGACGAUGAGGGCACCAACCUCCGGCAGCAGAAACUGGACAGACAGCGGGCGCUCCUGGAACAGAAGCAGAAGAAGAAGAGGCAGGAGCCUCUGAUGGUCCAGUCCAACGUGGACGGGAGGUCUCGCGCUCGCCGCACCAAACAGAGCGAGGAGCAGGCUCCGCUGGUGGAGUCCUACCUCAGCAGCAACAGCAGCACCAUCUACCAUGUGCAAGAGGCUGAACAGGAGGAGGUGAAGGUGAUGGCAGACGCGCAGCCGCCUCGCUCGGCCAAAAAAGGCAAGGCAUCGGCCAGCUCCACUCCGCAGACAGGCAGCGACAAGAAGGAGAGAAAGGGAAAGCACAAAGCAAUCGAUGGCCUGGCGUCCCAGAUGGACGACGCUCAGGUCCAGAUCCUGACAGUGGGUCACUCCGCUGCAGAGGACACUGACGGAGAGCCCGUCAUGAGCUGCACUCAGUCGCAGAGUAAACAGGACCUGCGCGUCACGAUGCUCAAGAAAGGUAUAUCCAGCAGUAUGAAUUUCGAUGAAGAGGAGGACGAUGAAGAUGAAAUCAGCUCCAGUUCCUCGCAGCUCAACAGCAACACCAGACCAGGCUCUGCCACCAGCAGGAAGUCGUGCAAGGAGGUGGCCUCAGCACCCACUCCUCCCGUCAACGAGCCCCCCAUCGAUGUCGACGACCUUGAGGAGUUUUCUCUGCGACCUGCACCCCAGGGAGUCCGAGUGAAGUGCAGAAUCACCAGAGACAAGAAGGGCAUGGACAGAGGCAUGUAUCCCACCUACUACCUGCAUCUGGAGAGGGAGGACGGCAAGAAGGUGUUCCUUUUAGCUGGCCGGAAGAGAAAAAAGAGUAAGACGUCUAAUUACCUCAUCUCCAUCGACCCCACUGAUCUGUCCAGAGGUGGAGAGAGCUUCAUCGGUAAACUGAGGUCUAACCUCAUGGGAACCAAGUUCACCGUAUAUGACAGCGGUCUGAACCCGAUGAAGAGCACCACCAGUCUGGAAGCGAGUAAUCUGCGUCAAGAACUCGCAGCCAUUUGCUAUGAAACCAAUGUCUUAGGAUUCAAAGGACCUCGCAAAAUGAGCGUCAUCAUUCCUGGAAUGAACAUGGACCAUGAGAGAGUUUCUAUUCGCCCACGAAAUGACCACGAGUCCCUGCUGGCCAGGUGGCAGAACAAGAACACGGAGAGCGUGAUUGAACUCCACAACAAGACGCCCGUGUGGAACGACGACACACAAUCCUACGUGCUCAACUUCCAUGGCAGAGUCACUCAGGCCUCGGUCAAGAAUUUCCAAAUCAUUCACGACAAUGACCCCGACUAUAUUGUGAUGCAGUUUGGCCGCGUGGCAGAAGACGUCUUCACCAUGGACUAUAACUACCCCAUGUGUGCCCUGCAAGCCUUUGCCAUCGCCCUCUCCAGCUUCGACAGCAAGUUAGCCUGUGAAUAGAUCCCCGCCUGACGUUCGGAGGAGAACUGCUCCAUCUGUGCUCUAAACAAGGGCUGUUAAUGUUUCCCUGGGCUGGGAGCGGAUCCCUGAGAUCUUCAGACCACCCCAGUCCGUUGGAAGUCCUGCAUUUCCCAAAAUGCUCCACGGGACUCAAGUUGUGUGUGUGUGUGUGUGUGUGUGUGUGUGUGUGUGUGUGUGUGUGUGUGUGUGUGUGUGUGUGUGUGUGUGUGUGUGUGUGUGUG